AUCUGGCAUAGACGUCUGUGCCAUCUCAACAAGCAAGAUGUGCUCAAGAUUGCCAAAGACGAGUCUUUCGGAGUUCAAAUCGAUCACACAAAGGUCGGCGACGCAGAGGAACCUUGUGAAGCGUGCCGAGACGGAAAGGCUCAUCGACAGCCUCAUCGCGGAUCUCACGAACGAGCGAAAGGUCUUCUCGAAGUUAUCCAUACUGAUAUUUGUCAGAUGGAGGUCGAGGCCAUCAAAGGAUAUCGGUACUUCAUGGUCUUCAUCGACGAG